GAAAGGCCAAAACAGGAGGGAGCUUUCGACGUUGGAAGAAUGGGUUCCGGGGAUGUCCGGAAAUGCAAUCAUCUCUGACUUCAUACCGACGACCGCCUUGUGGCGGGUGACGGCAGAGCACCUGUGGCCGGGUAAGCCGAAGAGGGGGAAGCGUCUCAUGGUGGAGGUCCAGGAGGAGGGGAAGGCUGACUUCCAGGAGUUCAACGAUGAGUCCGAGGAGGACGAGUUCGAUGCCAUGCGGUUCUCCUUUGGAUCAAAAUCCAUUAUUUCCCGAGAGGGCUCAAUGACCAAGUCUGUAAAUUUUAAUGGACCUGCUGCUAAAUCGGCUAAAAGAAAAAAAAAAAUCAGUACAGAGGAAUCCGACAAUGCCCAUGGGGCAAGUGGGCAGCUGAAAUCAGGGAUCCUCACAAAGGGGUUUGUGUCUGGCUCAGAACCUUUAACACUGCUGAAGAGGCCGCCAGAGCCUAUGAUGUUGAAGCCUGUUGAAUCUGGGGUAAGAAAGCGAAGGUGAACUUCCCUACCGCACCAUUGUCAGGUUCAACAAAAUUCUCACCAAAACCUACUGCACGAAAAGUUUCAAAACCAAAAGUGUCAGAGAUGAUUGACUACAAGCAAACUACGAAGUACCAGAGUGACCAAAAGUCUGAUUUCUAUUUAAGGUUCAUGGAGGGCAGGGAACUAACCGAGCCUGACUACUCAAAUUCUCUUAUCACAAUACCUGCAGCACCUUCAGAAGUAACCGGACUGAAUUUCUGCUCAGAGCAGGGAACUAAUUCUUUUGGUUAUACAUACAUUGGCUGGGAGCUUGAGGCCAAGAUGCCAGAUAUCACAUCAAUUCUUGCUCUCACUAUAACUGAAGGUGAUGAACCUGAAUUAUUCGAUGAUAUCAGCCUGUGGAAGAAAGUGGAGCCUAAUAAUUUUAAAGAGGCAGUGCCAGCAGAGGAAAAUGCUGCAGCCAAACUCUCAGAGGAGUUAUCUGCUUACAAAAUACAAACCAUAUAUGAAGUUCCUCCCUGAGCCUUGCUUUGAGGGUAGUUUGGAUGCAUCGAUUGACAGCUUAUUUGGUGGUGAACUGGUACAGGAUGAUGUGGACCUUUGGAGCUUUGAUGACUUGCCAACUAGAGCAUCAUGUACUGAGGGAUUCUGAUCCUUGCUACUGUCGUUCUAGAAAAGAACAAAUGUAAGAUUAUCUUUAUGAUCUUAGGUUGUUCUACCAUGCUUAAAUGUAACUAUUAUUUUGGAAAAUGAGCUUUUCCUUA